UUGUGGGUUUUUUUGUACUUCCCACGUUGUCAGAAAUGAAAAUGGAAUACAGAUUCUGUUCUGCCUUUUAUUUUCUUGUUGACAAACAUCUGGAGACUCAGCUUCUAUAAUAACUAAGCCUUAGCAAGUAGGUCUUGCUCUGCACUGUCUCUUGGGAGUGGUUAUGUUACUGCUGGCUCUGCUCUAGAGGAGGAAGACAGCUCAACUUGUGUUUUCCCGUUGCAGGUGUUGUCCUGGAGAAGGCCAUGCAUAAGUGCAUUCUGAAGCCGUUGAAGAGCCAUAUUGAAGCGAUGUUGAAAGAGUUUCAUACUGCAGAUGGUUCUUGGAAACAACCGAAGGAAAACCUUCAGGUGGUGCGGCAGAGGAAUCCUCAGGAACUGGGCGUGUUUGUUCCAACACCAGACUACGUGGAUGUUGAAAGUUUGUGACCCCGCAGAAAAUGUAUUCGCCUGAAAAGAAAGUCGUACUGCUGCUGAGAGUUUGCAAAUUGAUUUAUACUGUUAUGGAGAAUAACUCGGAACUGCCUUCGUGUUGCAUUCCAGGAAGUUAACGGUGCAUGUACAGGGAAGACCUUACUAGUAAGACCCUGUAUCACUACCGCAGAUGUAUGUCAGCUUUGUGCUGAAAAGUUUAUGGAGUGGACGAUCCAGAAGAAUACAGCCUGUUUCUUUUUGUUGAUGACACCCGGCAGCAACUGACAGAAGGUGCUCCUUACUGCUCUGAUGCUCUGUAUGUUCGCAGUACCGGGUAAGGCGGAAGGCUCUGUGGCUGGGGAAGAGUGGCUUGGACGUGUUGCUGCGCUCUCUGUUGCACCAGAAUUUCAACGGCUGGGUUUGGCUGCUAAAUUGAUGGAACUACUGGGAGAAAUUUCAGGAAAAAAGGGUGGAUUUUUCGUCGAUCUCUUUGUGAGCGUAUCAAAUCGGGUUGCAGUAAAUAUGUCUAAGCAGCUCGGCUCCCGUGUGUACCGGACAGUAUCGGAGCGCUACUCUGCUAGCAGUGGAGAGCCAGAUGAAGAUGCUUACGAUACGAGGAAAGCUCUUUGCAGAGAUACAGAGAAGAAAUCAAUUAUACCUCUGCCUCAUCCUGUGAGACCAGAAGACAAUGAGUAACUGUAAACUGUGAUUCUCAGACAACCUAGUGUCAGUUUCCUUCUCCCCAAAGCCCCCAAGAACUCUACAGAUGAGAAAUAUUAGGCUCAAUGUUUUUCCCCGUGAAAUACCAAAAAGCAACGUUGAGAAGCUUCCCAACGCUGCUUCUGUCGGUAUUGGCUGCAUAUUCGUGCUCUUACCCUAUUGUUCUUCCUUUCGAACCGUGGCACUCUGGAGACUAUUAAAAUGGAAUUGCUUCCUGUAUGGUGGUGUCAUGGUUUUCCUUCUCGGCCACAAAACAGUCCCCUCACUUUGUCACUCUCACGGAGCCCUGCUCCGAAACUGAAAACGCCUGGCCGCUGCUCCCACACAGAAGGUGCCAGGAAGGAGUUCUGUUGCUGGCUCUCGCCUUCCCUUUGCAGCCAUAUAACUGCUGCGACAAAACCUGGGCUCCGUUCUUUCUGAGCCACAAAACCAGAAAUUGGGUACAUCACAAUACACUCUCCAGAACUCAGAGGUCUCUGUUUCUCUGUGCCUUUUACUUCCCUCAUUCCCUAAUUUAAUUCUUGGAUCCAUCUGUCCCUUCACAGUCUGUCUGGAUGUCACGGAUGCUGUUACUUGGAGGCAUUGACCAGGCACUUAGUUCCAACACAGGUUUCUGUCACUGUCUUCCCUGGAAUUUCUUGGAGAAGAGUGCAGAGGAGUGAAGGCAGAAGGUUGAUGAGCAUUGAUAACAUGCAGCUGUGACCUUGCCUCCAAGGCAGUGGGUUGAGG